UCUCGAGAGUAAUUAUCAAGUUAUCCCGACCGAAUGACCCCUGUUGCGUAUCCUGUUCAGUUCUCGCUCUUCUCACGUGCUAUCAACAACACAUUUUUAAUUCUCUUCAACCCCUCUCCUCUCCUCGUUUCUCUCAAUCUCAUCGAAGAUCAAAUAUUGUUAACAAAUCAGAUUUCACAAAUGUCGACAAUGGCUGUUGUUGGAGCAUCAAGCUCAUGGUCUAGAGCAAUGAUACAGAUCUCACCUUACACUUUCUCCGCUGUUGGAAUUGCCAUUGCUAUUGGUGUCUCUGUUCUUGGUGCCGCUUGGGGGAUUUACAUUACUGGAAGUAGUCUGAUAGGUGCUGCUAUCAAAGCUCCUCGCAUCACUUCCAAGAAUCUCAUCAGUGUGAUUUUCUGUGAAGCCGUUGCUAUCUAUGGAGUUAUUGUGGCAAUUAUUCUGCAAACGAAAUUAGAGAGUGUCCCAACAUCAAAAAUAUAUGCAGCGGAGUCCCUUCGCGCAGGAUAUGCAAUUUUUGCCUCCGGAAUUAUUGUGGGCUUUGCCAACCUUGUUUGCGGGCUCUGCGUAGGGAUUAUUGGUAGCAGCUGUGCGUUGUCAGAUGCACAAAAUUCCACCCUUUUCGUUAAGAUUCUUGUGAUCGAGAUUUUUGGCAGUGCGCUGGGAUUGUUUGGAGUGAUUGUGGGAAUAAUCAUGUCAGCUCAAGCAACAUGGCCUUCUAAAACGGCAUGAUCUAGUACUUCUUUCUCUGCGCCAUUAGGUAGCUGUAUUUUCUCUCUUUGCCAAUGGUUUGUCCUUUUUGUAGGAGUAUUACUUGUGGAGAUUCUUGGUUUUCCCAUUGCAUUCAUACGGAUGAAAUCGACAUAAGCUAGUUCAGAUCUGACCUGCAACCGAUAUGUCAUUUACACUCUUGUAUUGUUACUUCAUUCGAACUGUAGAAACAUGAAUGGUUUAGUUAAUUUUUUUUUUCUGGAGAGUGUUGCUUGUACUUAUUCUCAGCAAAGGAAUGUUGUUUGUAUGCGGAUAGCUGCUGAAACUUAAUAAGCUUCUGCCUGAAUGCAUAUUGAUUUUCAUA